UCCCUAAUGCAGCUCUACUUUGGCUCCGCCGGCAACAUGAACUGAAUCUACCCGGGAGAGACCCGAGGAAGAUGGCGGCGACUGAUCGUUCCCGAUCCGAAGCUGCAAAACAGCGUAGGCAGGAUCAAUUACAGCGAUGGCUAGGCUCUGAAACCGAUCAGACGGGACCGGGAACGCGGGACGGGUCGACGGGAACCGGGACGCGGAGGGCCCGGGUUCGGUUCGCUCAGGGUGCCGUGUUUAUGGCAGCCUGUUCGGCCGGGGACAGAGAGGAGGUAGCGGCGCUCCUACGACAGGGCGCUGACAUCAACCACGCCAAUAUAGACGGACUGACAGCGCUUCACCAGGCGUGUAUAGAUGAGAAUGCAGAGAUGGUCCAGUUCCUGGUGGAGAGUGGGAGUGAUGUGAACAGGGGGGACAAUGAGGGAUGGACUCCCCUCCACGCUGCUGCCUCCUGUGGGUUCAUACAGAUCACCAAGUACCUGAUAGAGCACGGUGCACGUGUGGGAGCGGUGAACAGUGAAGGAGAGCUUCCUCUGGAUGUUGCCACUGAGGAUGCUAUGGAGAGACUGCUGAAGGGAGAGAUCAAGAAACAAGGGGUGGAUGUAGAUCUGGCGAGGAGGGAAGAGGAGCGGGUGAUGCUGGCAGAUGCCAACGCGGUGCUGGCAGGCAGUGGCAUGCUGACACCUCACCCCAACACCAAGGCCACAGCGCUGCACGUGGCCGCGGCCAAGGGCUACAUAGAAGUCAUGAAGGUCCUGCUCCAGUGUGGUCUGGAUUUAGACAGUGGUGAUGUGGAUGGCUGGACAGCCCUGCACGCUGCGGCUCACUGGGGGCAGCAGGAGGUCUGUUCUCUGCUGGCUGACAACAUGUGUGACAUGGCUGCUCUCAACAACGUGGGACAAACCCCAAUAGAGGUAGCAGAUGACACCCUAGUGGACACUCUGGAGGAGCUGACAAAGAAACAGAACGCUUUGCGUACAGAGAAAGCCAAGCUGUCCCAGCCUGCGGUCAUUGAAACCAGUCCUUCUAUCAAUAUGGCACCAGUUAGACCACGCAGGACCUCAAUCUCUCGUAUGAGCAGCAGAGAGAAGAUCUGCCUCCACGAGAGAGAGAAGCACCCUCCCCCCGCCCUGACCAGCAGCCCAGCCGAAGAAGAAGAGGAGGAGGGAGGACAGAGCCAGCCUGGGACGCAGGGACAGGGCCAGCCUGGGACGCAGGGACAGGGCCAGCCUGGGACGCAGGGGACGCAGGGACAGCCUGGGACGCAGGGACAGGGCCAGCCUGGGACGCAGGGGACGACAGGGCAAGGCCUCCAGCAGCUCCAGUUCAGAAGAGGAGAGAAAGCCAAAAACCGAGAGAUCAUCAACAACUUGAACAACAAACGCAACAACUCCUCCACCCACGCUACCUCCACGGCAACAAGCACUUCAGGAGACCCGGCCAAAAAGCAGGACCCAGGGAAGCCCCCAGCCCCCGAAGUGGCCCCUAGCUCGGCCCCUGGAGCGGCCCCUGGCUCCUGGAGGACCUCUCUUCGUAAGGCAGGCAGCUCUGUGACCCUGGGUCCUUCAGGGGCCAACGACCCCAGCCAGGAGUCCACCCGCGGGGCCCCUGAGUCUGGCCUGGGCCUAGGGAUGACCCGCUCUGCCUCCAGCCCACGCCUCAGCACCAACACCACCACCACAGACACCAAGGAACCCAGGACUGCCAGAGUGAACCCCAGUCCAACGAGACGUCUCUUCAGUAUGCCAGACACCAACCCAGACAGCAGUAGCAGCUGGCUGAGUCGUAGCUCCUCUUACACCCGACGCCUCAAUAGUACUGGAAGUGAUCUUAGCAGCUCCACCCCCUCCUUGCCUCUCAGCUCAUCCUAUGGACGCAAACCGGAUGACCCCACGGGGACAGGAAGUAGCUCCUCUGCUGGACUCAGUCGACUCAACAUCCUGGUGGCCCAGAGACUGGCUCAGGAGCAGGCAGAGAAGAAGGAGAAGGAGCAGGGUUCUGUCACCACCACCUCCAUCUCUGUCACCACGAUGACCGGCGGGGGCAGCGAUCUGGAGACAAAGCAGAGGCGCAAGUCCUACUUGACCCCGGUACGUGAUGAGGAGGCUGAGGCUCAGAGGAAGGCUCGCUCCAGACACGCCAGACAGUCACGACGAUCCACUCAGGGGGUGACACUCACAGACCUGAAGGAAGCUGAGAAGACAAUGAAGACAGCACAGACGGACGAAGGGAGAGACAAGGCCAUGAAGACAGCACAGACGGACGAAGGGAGAGACAAGGCCAUGAAGACAGCACAGACGGACGAAGGGAGAGACAAGGCCAUGAAGACAGCACAGACGGACGAAGGGAGAGACAAGGCCAUGAAGACAGCACAGACGGACAAAGGGAGAGAGAAGGCAAGGAAAGAGGAGGAGGAGGAGAAGGAAGAGGCCAAUAAGAAGAAAGCAGAAGAGGGGGAAGUAAGCUGGAGGUCCCGUAUCGCCAGCCUGCAGAAGUCUGACCUGUUGGGGCUGACUCAACCGGCUGGUACCCCUCGUCCCCAGACCUCCGGCCAGGAGAGGAGUGCAGAAGGGGAGAGUGAGAGUGACCGUAUCGCCAGGGAGAGACGGAGAGCCCGGGCCAGGAGGAGAGCUCAGAGGGCUGGAGAUAGUGAUGACAACGAGCCCAGUGGAGAGGAGGGGUUGGGAGGCAGUGGGCAGGAUCCACAGACAGACAGGCACUCCAGCACCAGGUCCGACAUGUCAUGUAACGACUGUAUCGACAGAGGCGGCGGCUCUGAAACUAAGGAUUACAAGAAGCUGUUUGAGGUGGUGUCCAGGGAGAAUGGUCAGCUCCAGUCUCAACUGCAAGAUACCCAGAGAACCAUCUCUCAGACCAGACUGGACCUGGACAAGGCUACCCAGAGACAGGAGCGGUUCAGUGAUUGUUCAACCAUGCUAGAGCUAGAGAAGAAGGAGCGACGGAUGUUGGAGCGGCGUCUGGCUGAGCUGGAGGAGGAGUUGAAGGUGCUAGGUGACCUGAGAGCUGACAACCAGCGACUGAAAGACGAGAACGGAGCACUGAUCAGAGUCAUCAGUAAGCUCUCCAAAUAGACGGAGAGAACGAGAGAGAGAGACAACAGGGAAGCCCACUCCCUCCCUCCGUCCAGCCACCCCUCCCACCUCACAUUCCUACCAGUGCCAAAGAAUGAAAGCGAGAGAGAGAGAGAGAAGAGGGGGGGACAAGAAACAAAAAAGAGAAGACGUAUGAGAAUGUGGUACUCUAAACAACACCAUAUCUUGACUUGAUUGUGACGCCUCUUCUUCCUUAGUCCUGACCAAUCGCUGUGGCUUGUUGUGUGUGUCUUAUGCCCACUUUGAAGACAGAACCGUAUCCAUGGCAGGUAGCCAUGACAACUGUGGUCAUGACAACGGCUCGCAUA